AGGGUGGAGGCUCUCAGGGCGGGCGUCACCUCAGCAGCAGCAUAAGCAGCAUAGGCGGUGGAGGUGGGUGGUGAUGUAGCAAAGCUUUAUUUAAAACAACAACAGUAGAGCAACGCUAGAUUCCUCUUCAUUAGCAUUAGCAAUUAGCCUCAGCUCCCGCCUCCUCCUCCUCCUCCUACUGCCGUGGUGUGGUUUUAUUUUUAUGUUUCCCAGCGUCACAUCCCCCCUGGCCGGAGGAGGAAUGUAGAGACAGGGAGCUUUAAAAAUAGCCUCCUCUCCGGUGACAGCGCUGCUCCGGGUGCUCCAGCAGCACUGUGCCGCGAGGAGCAGGAAUGCGAAGAUGGCUGCAGACCUGGGAGAGCUGCUGGUCCCCUACAUGCCCACCAUCAGGGUGCCCAAGACCGGAGACAGGGUGUUCAAGAGCGAGUGCGCCUUCUCCUUCGACUCCCCGGAGUCUGAGGGAGGCCUGUAUGUGUGUAUGAACACAUUCCUGGGCUUCGGACGAGAACAUGUGGAGAGACAUUAUCGCAAAACAGGACAGAGCGUUUACAUGCACCUCAAGCGACAUGUUAAAGAGAAAGCCACAGGAGCUGCAAGUGGUGCUAUCCCCAGACGGAGAAAUGGAAAAGUCUUUCUAGAUUUAGAGCUAAACCGUGAUUUUAACGGAGAGGACUAUGAAUACGAAGAUGAGGCCAAGCUCGUCAUUUUUCCAGACCACUUCGAGAUCCCCUUACCAAAUAUUGAGGAGUUGCCCGCUCUGGUGACCAUCGCCUGUGAUGCAGUGCUUAAUGCACCAUCAGCCUACAAGAAAGCAGAACCCGAGUCCUGGGAUGAGGAGAUCCAGGUGUCCAGACACGCCAGGAGCCUCAGACAGCUGGAUAACGACGUCAAGAUCCCACCCAGUGGCUGGAAGUGUCAGAAGUGCGAGAUGAGAGAAAACCUGUGGCUGAACCUGACAGAUGGUACCCUGCUCUGUGGGAAGUGGUUCUUUGAUGGGAGUGGAGGAAACGGCCACGCUCUGGAGCACUACAGAGCGACCAACUACCCUCUGGCUGUCAAACUGGACACCAUCACCCCGGACGGAGCAGAUGUCUAUUCGUUCGAAGAGGAAGAAGCCGUGUUGGACCCUCACAUAUCAGACCACUUGGCACACUUUGGAAUAGACAUGCUACAGAUCCUGCAGAAAAGAACAGAGAACGGGCACCACACAGACAAUAAUGCGCGUCCGAGAGUCAGUGAAUGGGAGGUGAUCCAGGAGUCCGGCAUGAAACUGAAGGCGGUGUUCGGUUCUGGUUACACAGGGAUAAAGAACAUGGGCAACAGCUGCUACCUUGGCACAGUAAUGCAGGUUCUCUUCAGCAUCCCAGACUUCCAGAGGAUGUAUGUUGGAAAUCUUCAGAGGAUAUAUGACUAUUCCCCCCUCGACCCCUCCCAGGACUUUGCCACACAGAUGGCUAAACUGGGACAGGGACUGAUCUCAGGCCAGCACUCCAAACCACCCAUGAAAUCUGAGCUCAUUGAACAGGUGAUGAAAGAAGAAAACAAGGUAUUAAACUGGCACCAGCAGAAAGGCAUCUCUGCGAGGAUGCUGAAGGCCCUGGUCGGCCGGGGACACCCAGAGUUCUCCUCAAACAGACAACAAGAUGCCCACGAGUUUCUCAUGCACAUCAUCAACCUGGUGGAGAGGAACAGUGCAGGCUCAGAGAAUCCAAGUGACGUCUUCCGCUUCCUGGUGGAGGAGCGAAUUCAGUGCUGCCAGUCGCGCCGGGUGAGAUACGCCCAGCGGGUGGACUAUUGCAUCCAGCUGCCAACCCCCAUCGAGGCUGCCACCAAUCGAGAGGAGCUGCUGGCAUACGAGGCCAAGAGGAAGGACGCUGAGGAGAACAUGAAGGCUCCUCCUGAGCCAGUGAGGGCACGGAUCCCCUUCACCGCCUGCCUGCAGGCCUUCACCGAGCCAGACAACGUCCCGGACUUCUGGAGCUCGGCGCUACAGGCCAAGUCAGCUGGAGUCAAAACAUCCCGCUUUGCCUCCUUCCCAGAGUAUCUGAUUGUGCAGGUCAAGAAAUUCACAUUUGGGGUCGACUGGGUGCCGAAGAAACUAGACUUGGCCAUCGAUGUUCCAGACUUCCUGGACCUGAACCGGUUGCGGGCCACAGGGCUGCAGGCGGGUGAGGAGGAGCUGCCUGACCUCAUGCCCCCCAUUGUGCUCCCUGAAGACACCAGAGAUAACUCAAUGGGAUCUGUGGACUCUCCAGAAAUAGACGAGGUGGCAGUGAUGCAGCUGGCAGAGAUGGGGUUCCCGCUGGAGGCCUGCAGGAAAGCGGUGUACUACACAGGCAACAUGGGUCCUGAGAUGGCUUUCAACUGGAUCAUAGCCCACAUGGAGGAGCCAGACUUUGCCGAGCCUCUCGCUCUGCCCUCCGUGAUGGAUCCUGGUCCCUCCACCAGUGACAGCCCCAUGGGUGCCGCCACGCCCCUGGCAAACUCGCCCCCCGAGGAGAGCAUCGCCAUCCUCACCUCUAUGGGCUUCCCCCGCAGUCACAGCAUCCAGGCACUCAAAGCCACGAACAAUAACCUGGAACGAGCACUCGACUGGAUCUUCACCCAUCCGGAGGAGGAGGAGAGUGACGUCCUCUCAGACAUGGCCGACACAGAGCCCAACGACAACGCUUUCUCCAACGCCAACUCGCACAGCGACUCUACGCUGUCACCAGACAGAGAGACAUCGGGCCCGCGGGUCAAAGAUGGACCAGGACGUUAUGAGCUCUUUGCCUUCAUCAGCCACAUGGGAGCAUCCACAAUGUCCGGACAUUAUGUUUGUCACAUCAAAAAGGAGGGAAGGUGGCUGAUCUACAACGACCACAAAGUGUGUUUGUCAGAAAGGCCCCCUAAAGACUUGGGCUACAUCUACUUUUACCAUCGACUGUCGAGCAGUUAAAGUGAAGUUCCCGCCCUCCUCCACCCAGCGACCUUUAAAGAACGACGGUCUUUCACUCAGAAGACUGGCAGACAACUGUGUGAACAGCCGCAGUGGAAACGAUGGAAAUAACCUCUCAGACCAGCUGCUCGCCUUACUGUGGUGUCAUUCAGGAGCCACCAGGAACACUAGUCAGAAAGGGAAAGCAAUGUGCUUCAUGUGCAUUUGUGUUACGUUACGCUUUAAAUGUAUAUUUCAGUGUUUAUGUUUCAAAAGUAAAAGAGACGUUUUCUCGACAGUACAGAGGAAUGUGUGCGAUAUCUCCACUUCUGGACUGUUCUGGACACACACCAAUGCCACAUAUCAAAUCCCAUUGUUCCUCCUCUAUGCCUUCAGCUACUGUGCCAAUAUUUUCAAAGUGGUACAUUUUAUAAAUGUAUUUUGAAAUGGCAGUGCUUCACUGCCAGCCCUGAAAUGCUCUGAAACUGUGACAAAAAAAAAACAACAACCAAGAAAUGACUGUGCCAUUGGUGGCUUUGCAAUUUCCUUUGAAAGAGAAAAGAAUGGAACAAGUUCAUAUUUUGCACCUGAUGCAGUAGAAGUAGAUGUUUUAUUCACCAGGCACGAGCACAUUGAAUGUGAUAUCAAAUUUCUACUUCGGUUCUGCGGAACCUGUUAAACCUUGAAGUGGCUGGAAGUGCAUAUUUCAGGUGGCUGUCAAAAUCCUCCAUACUGUCAUUCGGACAGUUCAGAGUGUGGCCCGAAAGUUAAAAUUCACCAUCUGUUUGACCUGUGGCUUCUUUAACUUUUUUUUACAGGUCAUUUAAGUUAAUUUAUUUUCCCACAUCCAAAAGCAAUAUGCACGACAACCAAAUCCUCCCUGGCACCCGCUGUAAGGGUGACUCAUUUCUCCGGUGCAGUGCUGAAUGUAUCAUGGUGCUCACUGCAAACGAAACCUCUUCAUCUCUUAAUACGACAGUAGAACCUGUCACCAUAACCUCAUGCUGGGUCAGCCACGGUUAGAACCUCUGACUGUCCACAUCAUCUCAGUGUCUGUUCUCAUAUCCUCAUCAUUCACUGGGAUGCUGCAUUGAACUGGACCCGAAUCCACUUUAGUUUCUGUCAUCUCAAAUAAAACUAACUGGUGUUUUGUCAGUUAAUUCCAGUGCGACGACCCUGACGUGUGGUGAAAGUGUGUGUCUCGCAGCUGUGCACUUCGGGCGCUUGUUUUAAAGGGGAAGUUCUGCUGAAAAGUGACUUUGCUCUGCUUUGUUAAAAUUUUAUAUUGGAAUGUGUUUGUCCUUUAAAACCCUCUCAUGCAGAGACUUUCAAAAGCGACAUAUGGGAUCGACGAUGGAAACAAGGAAACUUUAUUGAAGCACUAAGAUAAAUAUCUCACAUCCCCCUUUAGAAACACUGUGUCCAGACUUCCCUCGGCACAGAUUCCAUUUUAUUAAAUCCCGACCUCUCAUCUCCAUGGAUACGACCUGAUAAAGUGCUGCGGUCUUCAUUGUCCAUGCAGCAGGAACAUUUAAAAGGUAUUUCUAUGCAAGUCUUGUGUUUCUGCCAUUGAUAAAAGUUGUCGUCUUGCUAAAUGAUGUUUCGUCUUUAAUGUCUUCAGAUAUCCUGUCUAAUUUAAUCUGCCCCCCCCCCCCCCCCCCCGUCCUGAUUACAUCAUUAUGUCAUUUUGUAUUGUUUUGUUCCAGCUUUCCCUCCAGCUCGGUCUCUUCCAUUCUUCUUCUUCUUCUUUAAGUGGUUAAAAGAGGCUUUUUCACUGUCAACAUGUGCACUAGACGUUGACAUUUAGUCAUUUGGAUUGUACCUUUGUACUCUUGGGAGUUUUGUUCUCUUUUCUCAUUUAACUAAAUGAAAAAAAAAAGGUUCUUCACCUGUUUUUACCCUGUUGCCUUUUUUGCAAACAAGUUUGUGCCGGUUGUGUAGUUCCCAUUACAUAGUUUUCCUGAAGGGAUUAUUUUACGUUGACUUUUGUAAUGUAUGUGUUUAUCCAAAAAUGGCUUUGACGUAUGUGAAUAGAGUCAUGACAGUACAGUGCCACUGUUUACUUACAAUGUUUGGAUUAUUUAAUAAACUACACCUUUGUUGAGA